GCUCUCAGCAAGCUUUCAAGGGACAAACCUUACGACCCCUGAAAAGGCAUUGACAGAUAAAAAAGGGUCAAAAGUAUCCGUAUAGGAUGGGGUCUGAAUCGGAAUAUCUGGGCCAAAUGGUUCCGGAACCGGGACGCCCGUUGCUACCAGCAACCCGUCGAUGUGGACGCUGAGGUUCUACCCAGGUGCGCAUCUCCAGCGGCUUAGGUCAGCAUGGCGGCGAAUUGCUCAAAGUCCGUUGCCACUGAGGUUCGGAGUCUCGCAUCGCCGAACGGGUGACCUAGUCGGCUGGCGCCAUCAUCAUUAGCAAAUACCCCCCUCCCAUACGGAAUUUUCUCCGGGUCUUUUUAUUUUAUUUUCUAUACUGUACAUCUGGAAUCUGCGAUACCCCCGUUUCGUUUUUCUUCUUUACCACAACAGAGCUGUUUCUUAUUAGUUACAUUGCACGCUUCAUUGACGUCCACGGACUGCGUAUAUGCUCUCGCGACUGCUCUCCCGCCGAACCGUCCCCAGAGCCUCCAGACUACCCAUCAUGGCCGCUCAACUCUCCAACAGGGCGCCCGCCUGGCCCGGCCUCCCGAUAGCAGAGCUCCCCAAGACGUGGACUUACACCUCCUCCCUCCCGCCCGACUCCCUCUUCCCGACCCCGGCCGACUCCCACAAGACCCCGCGCGACCAGAUCACCCCGCGCGGCGUCCGCAAUGCCGCCUUCACAUGGGUCCGCCCCGAGACCGCUGAGGACCCCGAACUUCUCGCCGUCAGCCCCGCUGCGAUGCGCGAUAUCGGUAUCAAGGAAGGCGACGAAGAGACGGAGGAGUUCCGCCAGACCGUCGCAGGGAACAGGCUACACGGGUGGGACGAGGAGAAGCUCGAGGGCGGGUACCCGUGGGCCCAGUGCUACGGCGGGUUCCAGUUCGGCCAGUGGGCCGGCCAGCUCGGCGACGGCCGCGCCAUCUCCCUGUUUGAGACGACGAACCCCGGAUCCAAAGUGCGGUACGAGCUGCAACUGAAGGGCGCCGGCAUCACACCGUACUCGCGGUUCGCGGACGGCAAGGCGGUGCUGCGGUCGAGCAUCCGCGAGUUCGUGGUAUCCGAGGCGCUUCAUGCCCUCGGCAUUCCCAGCACGCGCGCCUUAGCCCUGACACUUCUGCCAAAGUCCAAGGUCAGGCGCGAGACUGUCGAGCCUGGCGCCAUCGUAUUGCGCUUUGCCCAGUCUUGGAUCCGCCUCGGAAACUUCGACCUCCCCCGCGCGAGGGGCGACCGCGCCAUGAUCCGUACCCUAGCGACGUACGUGGCCGAAGACGUCUUUGGCGGCUGGGAGACCCUCCCCGCUCGCCUUGCGAACCCGGACAAGCCGGGCGAGUGCCUCGAGCCCGCCCGAGGUGUGCUUGCGACGGAAGUUCAGGGCCCCGAGGACUCGGCCGAGAACCGCUUCACCCGGCUCUUCCGCGAGGUCGCCCGCCGCAACGCCCUGACGGUCGCCAAGUGGCAGGCCUACGGUUUCAUGAAUGGCGUGCUCAACACGGACAAUACCUCCGUCGCGGGCCUGAGCAUCGACUUCGGCCCCUUCGCCUUCAUGGACAACUUCGACCCGGCCUACACCCCGAACCACGACGACCACCUCCUGCGGUACAGCUACCGCAACCAGCCGACCAUCAUCUGGUGGAACCUGGUGCGCUUUGGCGAGGCGCUGGGCGAGCUGAUCGGCGCCGGCGCCGGCGUGGAUGAGGAUGCCUUCGUCAAUAAUGGCGUCGAGGAGAGCCAGGCCGACGCCCUCGUGGCCCGGGCCGAGAAGCUCAUUAUGCAGGUCGGUGAGGAGUACAAGGCGCUCUUCAUGGCCGAAUACAAGCGCCUCAUGGCGCAGCGCCUGGGGCUCAAGAGCUUCAAGGAGAGCGACUUCGAUGAGCUGUUCAGCAACCUGCUGGACACGAUGGAGUCGCACGAGCUCGACUUCAACCACUUCUUCCGGCGCCUCAGCUCCGUCAAGCUCUCUGACAUCGCUGACGAGGACGCCCGCCGCGAGACGGCUGUGCGCUUCUUCCACGCUGAGGAUGGCGCCGCGGGCGGCGAGGCCAAAGGCCGUGCGGACGUUGGCGCGUGGCUGGGCAAGUGGCGCGCGCGCGUGGUCGAGGACUGGGGCGAGGACGACGCUCCCCGGGGCGAUGCUGAGAGGGAGAAGGCAAUGAAGGCUGUCAACCCCAACUUUGUGCCGCGCGGGUGGGUGCUCGACGAGAUCAUCAAGCGGGUGGAGAAGGACGGCGAGAGGGACGUGUUGAGGCGGGUCAUGCAUAUGGCGCUGCACCCCUUUGAGGACAGCUGGGAUGGCAAGGAAAUUGAGGGGCGGCAGUACAAGGGUGAUAAGGCGGAAGAGGAGAGGUGGGUUGGGGAUGUUCCCAAGUUGAAGAGAGCUAUCCAGUGCAGCUGCAGCUCAUAGAUGAGAAGAUUUAAGUUUAUCUCGAUCGUUGUAACGUGCCUUUUUAUGAUAUUUUAUGAACGUAUCAUCGAAGUUCCUCGAGCUUCACUGAAUAAUCAUCAUCCUCUUAUGUUUCGUUGCGCCGUAUCUAUUCUAUCCCAUAUGGCACGGUGAAGGGAGUGUCUCCUCCGUGCUCUUAGGAGCUGGAACUCGGAUCUUGAUCAUGCCCUUCUUGGUUGGAGACAGUACCUCACUACCAUCGCCCUCCGAGCCAC